CUUCAUUCUAAAAAUAGACUCGUACUAAUGUGUCAAAAUGCGACGUUUGAGCUGUUGAUAUAGCAGAACACGAACACCCACAGAAUGACUGACAAGACAGGAGAGUUACCUCUUGUUAUACCUAUCUCUAUCCUGGAGGAGUACUUCCAGUGUUCAAUAUGCCUGAACAACAUGACGGACACCAUGACGACGGUGUGUGGACAUCGCUAUUGUGGGAAGUGUAUUCAGGAGUGGGUUGACCGCAACCAUAACUGCCCGUGCUGCAACAGCUCGGUCAACUCCAUCCAGCUCAUCAAGGACCAUCAGUUCGACAGUCUUAUAGGUGAGGUUGAUGCUGAAAAAACCAAGGCAGAGGCUAACUACUUUGAGAAUCUCAUCAACAGUGCUACCAAGUCCUCCAGUGACUUCAGUGAUCGCAAGUUCUCACCAGUAGAAGAAGUGUUGAAGAAGCAUUUACGACAGAGUCUGACAUCACAUGAAAAGUACUUCCAGAGUCUGCGCCUGGAGUUCACACAACGCAUGCAGAUGUUGGAGAGGGACACGGAGAGGGCGCUGCAGACGCUGAUGUUCGAUGGACUCUCGCCUACAGAGGUGCAGCUCCAGACCGCGGAGAUGGAGUCGCGGCUGACGUCACAGAAGGAUGCGCUCACAGAUCAGCUAGAGCGAUGCAUGGACCAAGUGGCAGACGCCUACGACAGAUAUCUGACCAACCACAUCCCCAUGUUGGAGAUACUUCCGGUGAAGGUGUCUGUGUACGUCAUAGACAAGAACCUGCACAUUCCAGACGUUACCAUCAAGGCUUCUGACGACAUCACCCACAUACAGACUGUCAUAGAGAAGACACUGAACCUCCGAGGGGACCCUCUCAUCAGAUGGGGGUGUGAGGGAAGAGUAUACCUGGUGGGUCCCUUGUCCGGUGACAACAGAUGUGACCUUCAGAAGGUCCUUGACAACCCUGACUGUAUCGAGUCCUUCCCGGACAUCCACCUGCUGACCUGGCACUCCCGACCGGUUCUGCAGUACAGCAUGAAACCCGGCAGCCAGAUCGUGGUAAAGGGCUGCUUCAAGUGUGAGAGUGACCUGCCCAAGAUCUGCUUCGUCCAGAAGUACAAGGAACAGGGGCCCCACCCGGUCGACUACUUCUCAUGUAAAAACUGUGGAUUCAACUGGAUCUGCAAGUCAUGUGUUCAGAUUUGCCAUCAAGGACAUGAAGUCAGUGCACAUGUACUCAACCACAAACCAACCUGGGCUUGCUGCUACUGCCCAAAGAAGAAGAAAUGUCAGCUCCUCACAUGAUGGAGGAGUUCCGUGUCCACAUCCUGGACUGCCCAUGGUAGUCAUCUCUCUUGGUAGUGCAUGCCCCACUGUGUGCAGUCUAUAGCUUACCUGUGUGCUCCCAGUCCCCAGUGCAUGUGGUAGAAUCAGACUGAGUCUUGCAUUUGAGGAUGGUUUAAGAAUGGAAUCUCUUUGUGAUGGAAAGUGUGCUGAGAUUAGUGAAUGUCUGCUUGUAGUGCAGGGUGAGUGAGUGAGUGAGUGAGUGUGUGAGUGUUCCGUGGGCUGCAUCCAGCAGACCUCCAGCUAUGUCGGGCAGUCCUGCAUAGCUUGUUUGAAUGAAGGACAUAGAACCCUAUCUGGGAACUCGGCGAGGACCUUGAAUGUAAGCACACUGGGGGAAUACUUUGUAGUGCUGUGUGUGUGACAUGAGAAAGAUGCUGUGAUAUGACAGUAUAAAUCGAUGUAUUUUAUAAAACAUGUUUCCUCCAAAUAUUACCUAAAAGGUACCUCUUUUUUUAUUUAUUAUCAAUCAUAUGUCUGGAGAUAAUAAGUCAUUAGAGAUUGUUAAAGUGCAAUUAAAGUCUUCAUGGGACAUUUGAUGGUGUAUUAAAAAAUAAUUCAAUCCUGUUUCCAUAUGACAAUGUUCAUGGAAGGGAUGUUGAUAGUUUUGUACGUCAUUGUGAUCAAAAUUACCCUGAUCUGGGCAAGUUUGUUUGUUUGUUUGUUGUUUAACGCUGCAAUCAGCAAUAUUACAGCUACAUGACAGGCAUCUAUGAUGGCCAUAAAUUUGUUGAAGGGACCAAAUUUCAUUUUUAUUUGUUAUGGAUUUGUUACAACAUAUCUUUGUUUUCGUUAAAUGAAAAAGAACAUAAACUGUACUAUCUGAUGGUAGAGUCUCCUAUCAACAUAGAGGUAGGGCAGCAGUUGUUAGGCUUCAAUGAUACUGUUUCCUCAUAGGAAGGAUCUAGUCCCCCUUCGUACCUCUCAGCAGUUGUUAGGCUACAAUGAUACUGUUUCCUCAUAGGAAGGAUCUAGUCCCCCUUCGUACCUCUCAGCAGUUAUUCUUGUUAACCAUCUCAGUCAAAUCUUUGAAUUUAUAUACCAAAAUAUCAAGUUUCAAAUAUAGAAAUGUAUAUUCUGAAGAAAAAAGGACAGAUAUUGUGUUCUUGUAAGUAAAUUGGCUUUCAUUAAAUUAGUGGAGUCAUGUAAUCUGAGCCCCGAUCACAUUAAAAUCGCUUGCUACUUCUCAACAAAGAUCUGAGGUCGUCCCAUUAUGGGUCACAGGACGACCUUUCAUCCGACCAAUCAGAGCAUCACUUACCAGAAAGUGAGUGAGUUGGGUUUAACACGCUUCCAACAGUAUUCCAGUUA